AUGUCGACGCGCGGCGCAAAUGUCAUAGAAGACGGCGGAAGCAAUGCCACGAGCAAUCGCGACGAGGCCGCCUGGGACGCGGCCCGGCCAUUCUCCGCACUGGUCGCGGCCCUGCCGACGCCGCGCGGACCACCGCAGCGCAAACGACGACCGCGCCGCGUCGGCGCGGCGCCGGCGUUCCGCGCCGGCGCGCUGGGCCGCAUCCACGCCGCCGGCGCCACGUCGCUCUUCACGCACAAGGUGCUCCCGCUGCUCAGCGCGGCCGACCUCGGCCGCUUCGAGGCGACGGCGCCGGCCGCGACGCGCGCCGACCGCGCGCUCAACGGCCGCGGCCUCUGCGACUACGUGGCCUGGCGGCGCCUCGCGGAGCCGCGGCGGCGGGCCGCGGUCGCCCCGGGCGCGGCGCUCCGGCUGCUCCACGCGGACACGGAGCGCUGCACGCUCGUCGUGCUCAAGCGGCGCGGAACGCGCCUCGCCGACGCGCCGCAGGCGGCGCCGGUCGACCUCGCCGCCGUCCGCGGCGCGGCGACCGUCGCGCGGCGCGCCGCGACGCUGGCCGUCGGUUCGCGUUUCGUCGAGCCGCGGCGGACCGAGCUCCACGCGCUCGCGACCGAGGCCGACGCGGCGCGGGCCGGCGUCGUCGUGACGGACGGCGUCUUCAUCGGCGCGUUCGCGGCCGCGGCCGCGGCCGCCGGCGACGCGCACGGCUUCGACCUCGCGCCGCGCGACGCCGCGCGCCUUCGGCUCGCGAGCCGCGCGUUCGACGCCGAGAUCGCGCGCGGCGAGGCCGUCGUCCGCAAUGUCAUCCCGGCGCUCGCGCGCUCGCCGCUCCGCGCCGACGGCUGCUGGGUGCUCCGGGCCGUCGACGGCCGCGCCUGCUGGACGCCCGAGGCCUACGCGGAGCGCGUCGCCGUCGCCGCCGCGGCGGGCGCGGCGACGGUCCGCGUCGACCUCGAGCGCGCCUACGACCGCCGCGACAUCGUGCUGCCGCUGUCCACCGAGGCGCGCCUCGCCGUCUGUCUCUGUGUCCAGGUCCACGCCAUCGAACAGACGCAGCCACGGGGAAACGACCGGAUCUCCGCGCAGGUCAUUCUGGCGCGCCAGGCCUUCGAGCUCGACGCGCGCGCGGACGCGGCGCUCUUCGCGACGGACAUGGCCCACCGGCGCCGCGCGAUCUGCCUGACGGAGCGCGACCGCGCGACGCUCGAAGACCACGGCGCCCGCGCGCGGGCUACCGUGUCCGUCAUCCUCGUCGCGCUCGACGCGUGA